AUGAGUGAUGGAAAUGAAUGGAGAAACCAGCUUAUGGAGUCUCUCGAGCUCAGGGAUAAGAUAGAAAAAGCCAACAUCAAUAUGUUUACAAGUUUUGAAACAUUAUAUGAUAGAGCUAUGCAAGCUGAGGAAACGCUCGCUAAAUUGGAAGCAACUGACGCUCAAGGUGAAUUACAAUCAUCUUUAGAACAAAACCAACAACUAUCAAUUGAAUUAAAGAAUUCACAAGAUAAUACCAGGGAAUUAGAGACUCAACUACAGCAACAAAAGACCGAACGUUUGAAAUCAGCAAAAGAGGUUACAAUGUUGAACAGAGCUGUCACAAGAUUAACAAAUAAAUUGAACAACCAGACAGAAGAAUACCAACAUAAGAAUAAGUCGAUUGAACUAAUAAAUGAUGAGAUACUAUCAUUAUCAAUUCAAAAUAAUUUGCUAACGGAUAAGGUUGAUAAAUUAGAAAAGGAGAAUGGUGAUUUAGUUGAAAGAUGGAUUGAAAAAGUGAAAGCCGAUGCCGAUAAGAUGAAUGAGACUAACGCUUUCUUAGAAAUGUAUGGAUCAAAGAAUAGUGAUCCUUGAGCAUAUCUGUGAAUAAAAUCUGGAUGUGAAUUUUGACACAUGGUGCUACAAAACGUACUACAAAAAGUACUACAAAAAGUACUACAAAAAGUACUACAAAAAGUACUACACAACCACUAGACUAAUGAAUUAAGCAAUUGAUGA